AUGAAUGGAUGAAUGGAUGCGAUGUAUGUUUGGAAACAAGACUUGGAGUGAAUCCAAGUUCUGUUGUUUUUUUGGAUCCAAAAUCACUAUUAAAGCAAAUGAUGACAAAUGUGUCAGAAUUUCAUGAUUUGUGAUUUGAAAACAAAUGGAUUUCGACGACAAUUUCAGCUCUUCUUCGACGAGUUUACGCAAAAGAUAUUCUUCGACGAGAAAGAGCUCAUUAAAGGCUGAAAUUAAGAAUAUUAUUGAAAAGCAAACUCAAGACAUUCAAGAAGCCGGUGCUCACCUCUGGCACAGACAAAGUCAAUCAUCGGUUAAAUACGAUGUCAUUUUGAUAAUAUCGCCAAAAGGUUAUCAUAUAAUUGAUUCUUUAGUUCAAAUUCUGACCGAAAGAUUGCCGCAACUGGUCGUUGAAAUUAAACCUCACUCUCACUAUAAGGAACAGGCAUUUUAUCUGACGGCCACCGAUGACUUUUUGGUGUCCAGUGCUCACCAAUUGGGUUAUCGCACAGUUAGUACCGGACAAUCUCUGACUAGUCUUGAGAGACAAACACUAAUUUUACAAAAUCUCAAUUCUUUACGUUAUAAUCAAAGCGAUGAACAGAUAACUGAAAAUGAAUUAAAACUUAUGAAACUUAAACCAAACGAUGCUAUUAUUGCGAAACUAAUUUCAAGUAAUCUUAUAAAACAAGUCCUUCCGCUUCACAACGAAAUUGAUUUAUCAUUAUUAAGAAGACAAUGGGUUUCAGCUUUUUUCUCUUUUCAACCGUUGGAUAAAAUUUGUGAAUAUUUUGGACACAAAAUUGCAACUUAUUUUGCAUUUUUAGGAUUUUAUACGUUAGCGUUGAUAUUUCCAUCAAUUUUAGGCAUUUUUAUCACAUUUUAUGGCAAUAAUAACAAUGCUUUUGAUGAGAUAUAUAUCCUUUCGUUUACUGUUCUUAACAUUAUAUGGUCGACAGUAUUCCUCCAGAAGUGGAAACAUACAAACAAUCAAUUACUUCAAAAGUGGGGCUCAAAUCAAAUCCAAAUUAAUGAACAAUCUAUAAGACCUUUAUUUCGAGACAAAAGUUUAUUUAAUUUAUUUAAUAUUGAAUUUGAAAGAAAAUUAAUUAAAUAUUUUAUUUCAAUUCCUGUUAUUGGCAUUUGUCUUGUCGUUAUCUUUGGAGUAAUGAUUGCGGUCUUAAAUUUUCAAACUUAUUGGGAUAAUGUAGUGAUAGAUGAAUGGCAAUAUCCCAUUUGGACUAAAUAUAUACCAAAAAUAAUAUUAGCCAUUCUCAUCAAUAUAUUUGAUGCUAUUUAUUAUUAUAUAGCUGUUUGGCUAAACAAUAAAGAAAAUUAUGAAUUUGAAACAACACAUGAAAAUAAUUUGAUAUUAAAGUUAAUUUUGUUUCAAUUUAUGAACUCAUUUGUAUCUCUGUUUUAUAUUGCAUUUUAUAUCGGAGAUAUGGAUAAACUUCAUGAGCAAUUGGCAGCCCUUCUCAUUACACGACAAGUGAUUGGAAAUAUAAAGGAAACGCUUUUGCCUUUUAUUUUUGAAUCCUAUAAGUUAUCGUCAAAAUUGCAUAAAAUAAAGAUCAAUGAAAUUUCAACGAUUGAAUUGGAGGCAAAUAUGCCGCGAUAUGAGUCUACUUUUGAUGAUUACUUGGAACUAAUCAUACAAUUUGGUUAUGUUAUGCUUUUUUCGUCUACCUUUCCAUUGGCCGCAGUUUUUGCACUUUUUAAUAAUUUAAUUGAAAUCAGAAGCGAUGCCUUCAAGUUAUGUGUUUUAUAUCAGAGACCAUUUGGUGGCCAUCGGGUGCAAAACAUUGGCCAAUGGGAGGAUGUCCUCAACGCUAUCGCCUAUAUUGCUAUUAUAGUCAAUUGCGCUCUGAUUGUCAAAACCAAACAAAUCUCAAAGAUUACAGCCAUUGAAGAUGAGGUACAACUGGUUCUCAUCGGAGUUAUACUUGAGCAUCUAUUAUUGGCUCUUAAAUGGUUAAGUCCUUUCAUUUUUUAA